CCAAGAAAGCGCCGAUAUUCGUGUGGUUAUUUCCGCUAAGGAAGCUGCUGUUAACACCAGCAGCGAAAUAACCUCAGCCAAGCACACCAUGGGGGGUGUAGGAUUCGAGCCAAUCACUAAUGAUAGCACCGUCGACGAAGACCAAGGAAUCUUUAAGCGCAACGUUUCAUCAAACUGCUGGCGUGUUUGAUGGCCUAUCGUCGUCAGAGGUCCUGAAGAAGGAAUCGCAAGGUUCUCAAACGAGCUUUCCGUAUUAUGAUUCGCCAUUCUCGACCUACCCUCUACUUCUAUCCCAAUUACGUACAACGCCUCUUGAUGCCGAUUCUUGUCAAGAUCCUCGGCGAACUGCCACUCAUUCAUCCAGAUCGUCAUCGCAAGCCAGUGCGAGCCAUGCACCUAAUUUAUCAUCACCCUCAUCACGCACUUCGCUUAUCUACUGUGCACCAUCAUUAUCUCAUUCAUGUUCGACUGUUUUUGUUCCAGAUCUCAAGCCAUUGAAGCUUGCAAGCUUGCAGCGCGCCCUUGGACAAUUCAGUGCUAGCGACUCGGGUGUUCGGGUAUGUCAGUACGAAGUUCCUGGUGGGGGUGUUUGUCGUGACAAAGACUGUAACGAUUUGCACCUGAGCCGACUGGUGAGCGAGCCGAGUGGUACGUAUGCUUUAUGUAUUUAGUUUUGGACUGACUGAUGGAUUGUUCGUUGUGGAUACGUCUUGUAUUUACUCAUUACACUAGAUGCAGACGUAGCGGCGUACGUGCACGGGAUAUUGCCGCAACCUUGGCGUAGUCGGUGCGACGUACGAGCUAUCGAAAUUGCCCUUGAACGGGUCCGGCUCGGUAGCAAGGCCAGAAAUAUUGACGAGUGCGUCAGAAGCGCACUAUCA